AUGAGCGAUUACAGUAGCGACAACAGCGAUGACGAAUAUGGACCUAUUGUUGGCGCAUGGGGAGAUCAAAAGGGGAGCAACGAUGCAGAGGACGAGGCUGUCUUGUCAGGUUGGCAUGCACUAGCCGAUCCCAAUGCCAAGAUUGGUCCCAAAGGACUUGGUAGCGGUGGAUUGCAUCGACAAGGAAAGAAUUACAAGCCUAUUGAAGAAGAAGCUAUCCUGCAACAACGCAAAAAGAUCCAAGUACCAGGCAAGAAGGGUACCAAGAAGCGUGGCUCUCGUGGUGGUAAAGGCAAAAAGCUACCAGACAAGAAAGGCUCUUCACCACGAACGCCACACUCCAAUCGUGACGAGACAUACGCCAAAAAGUCGCCGAGCGGUGCACGUUUGAGUCGUCCAAAAGCACAACCAAACGCGUCUUCACAAUGGAGUCAAUGGGAUGCAUCUCAGCUACAGCAACAACAGCAACAACAACAACAGCAGCAGCAACAGUCGCCUAUCAACAACAAUUAUCCAUCUUGGAUGGAUUCAUCACAACCUGCUCGUAGUCGUGGCUACCCACCAACAACAUCAUCUCGCUCCACUACUACAACUCGGCCACCACCAUCCAAUGGCGUAUCAUCGUGGGGAAACCAACCUUUGGUAGAUCAUCCAUUUUGGGAAUCGGAGCCUAUAUCAUCUCCAAUGAAUGGACAACCAUCUCCUGCUGAUUAUCAAUACAAGAAUGAAAAGAAAUCGGAUCCACCGGUUGAAAAGCUGAUUGAAGACUUUGACUCAUGGUCGCCAUUACCAAAACGAGCUACAUCCACUGAUACCAAUAUACCAUCUACACCACCAGCAGGAGAUUAUAAUACGAAUAGCACUAUGGAGGAACCCAAGGUUGAUAAUGGAUGGUCACCUGAGCAUGAUUGGAUACCAGCUGAAUCUGAACCUUGGGGCACAUGGAAUAACACGACCACAACAACAACAACGUCGAAUACGACAUGGGGAAAUACAACAAAUACAAGCAAUGGUGUCUCUGCAGAAGGAUGGGGAGAGGAUACUAAUACGAGUGCGAAUGAAAAGCCAUCAGGUGGUCGUUUCUCCAAUCGCAGCCGACCCAAGUACUCGACCAAGAGCUCCAAGCCAGUACCAGCCAACUAUCGAGCAGGGACACCUCUUGUACCUCCCAGCAAAGCAGCCGAUCCACCCAAAGUUGAUAACCCCAUUGUCGUAUCCAUCAACGUUGAGUUGGAGCAAGGAACCAAGAUACCGAUUAAUAUUCGUCUUCACGAUGAUCCAUCUAGACUGGCCUACCAAUUCGGCAGAGACCAUCAAAUCGAUUCCCCGGCAGUUAUUGAUGCUUUGCGUGGUUUAUUCCAAAAUCAAAAGCAAUUCGCCAUGAAAAAGCGCUAUCGCAAUGUAAAUACUUUUUAG